CGUGUAUUGAAAUGAAACGGGAAAUAAACAACAGACCAGUAAAACUUUGUUGCGCAUACAACAUAAAUCGCAGACAAAUGAGCAUAGUAAACGUGAUAUACCCGGCAAUCGGCAUCUCUAUUUGGUAAGACAUAUGAGUGACGUAAAAGCUGUGGCUGAGAACGGAAGACAAAAUACCAAAAUAAUCUGUUCAAAGCGGCCUCAUUUUUUGCUCUUGUAUCUAAUCGUAGAUAUCUAUCGCUUGUACGAAGACAUCUUUUCUUAUUCGAGGCGCUACCUACCCUAUGAUAUUUAAAAAACACAAAAAACAUCCGCUAAAGCUCAUAUUAUACACAAAAUUGCACCGAAGGGAACAAAAAAAUGGGAAAAAAUCAAGCACUGUUGCAUUUUCUGAUGCGUGUCACGUCAUCUCCUCCAAACUACAUGUCUUAUCCAAUUUAAUUCUGGAAGGAGACCAAUUUCCAUCCCAAGAAAUGAAAGAAUUGGUGGAUGAACUGGUAAAACUUAAAAGAAUAGAUGUGAGCAUGGGGGUACCGCUGAAUGUCAUUGAGAUGUUAGACGACGGCAAAGAUUUUGAUGCCAUCUUUGCCGAGAGAGAAAAAGAGGAACUUGAGGAGAGAAAGGAAACCAUCGAAACAGAAAAGAGAACGAAUAUGUUUUAUGAGGAAUUAAGCAAGUUGGACUUGAAAUUGAAAAGGUAGUACACCAAAUUUGGUUGUGCAGGAUGGUUGCAGGAACAGACAAAGAGGUAUGUGACAUGUGGCGGUAUUGGGCUUGGUAAGCGUGAUAGGUAUUGUUAAAUAAAUCAGUCAACAUGAGUUGAAAAUAAAAUGCAUGUUCCGACGUACAGAGUUGCUCUCUCGUGGAAAUAAUUGACUAAAAG